AUGGUCGACUCUCACACUACACCCAAAGACCAUGUCCUCAUCGACUCGCAGGUGUAUCCUCACAUUAUCGAGCGCGUCAUCAGGCAUGCGGACGCGGGGGUCUUGCUCGCCUUUAGCCUCUCAGCCAAGGCAUAUCGCAACGUCUAUUCCAAGAACGUUGCCCGACACUUGGUCAUGCUCAGCGGCAAGACACCAUGCAUCGUUAUCACCUCCCACCGUGGGCCAGUCUCGAUCCCCACCCUGCCAAUGUUAAAGAUCAAGGCCCUCAUGAAGCGCAAAGCCGAGUUCUUCAAACACUGCACGACGCUGGACGUCAAGGACGACCUCGCUUCCUACCUGCAGUUCACCCUUGUUCUCCCACAACUCAAGACUCUCCGGCUCUUCCUCAACCCAAGUGGCUUCCGCAAAGCCCUCCCUCACCUCGCCAACACCUCGAUCGUCCUCUUUGGCGUGUAUCCCUUCCACGACACGGUUUGGUCCGAUAACGUCGUCUGGUACGGGCCCACAAUCUAUCUCAAGGACAAGGUUGUGUGGAACGUCACUGACUUUUACUGCCCCGAGCUUCGAACCAGCCGACUUGUAGACCUGUGGCGCGUCAAGGAGUUCGUCAUCUACUUCAACAUUUCCCCGAACGCCCGCGUCAAGAACUGCCUCUUAAUGUCGAUUACUGAGACGUUGAUUCCCGUUCUCCAGCGCUCGGUGAGUCACCCGAAUCCGCUACAGUUCAAGCUCGUGGGCUUUGAGACCCUCUCCCUCGAAAACGUCAGCUUUGUCAACUCGUAUGCAGAGAGCACCGAGGAGAGGACCCAGUUGGCUCACAGUCAACUCGAUAACGUAGCCAACCGCAUCUUGUUCAUGACGGCUGAGGAGUACUGCGCUGAAGUUGGGCGCGAGACUUUUGAGAUCGAGACUUGUGAGGAGUUGUGGUGA